AUGUAUUGGCCGACUUCUUUGCCGCUGCUCUGCAGCUCUCUGCUUCCCUUGGUGGGUGGCGCCUUUGCGCAGGGGGAUAAACACUAUGCCAUCAUGGACAAUGAUUGGUACACGGCUGGUUUCGUGCCAUAUCUGAUCGCCCUCGAUGGGGACGUCGAUGUUCUGGCCCUGGCAUCAGAUACCUGCGACACCUGGCAACCCCAGGCGGCACUGCACGCCGUGGCAACUCUGGAAGCCGGUAAUCUGAGCUGCAUCCCCGUUUAUCCUGGUUCUACUUGGCCAUUGAUCAAUACUCCCCUGCGGUUCCAGGCAUGGGAGACCAUUCACGGCAAACUCCCCUGGCAGGGAGCAUUCGCUCCCUACAACGCAACCUAUGAGGCCGAAGGCAAUGAUCCUACUUCGGGCAACCCGAACCGAAUUGUCAAGUCGGCGUUCAGGGAGGGUUUCCCCAAGGGCAAGCCGGACAACUCGACCUCCGCUGCAAACUUCAUGGUCGAGAUGGUGCACAAGUACCCCGGUCAGGUGUCCAUUUACUCUGCAGGAGCUCUGACCAAUGUGGCACUGGCUGCUCGCAUGGAUCCUCAAUUCGCAUCACUCGCGAAGAACCUGGUGAUCAUGGGCGGGUAUGUUGAUCUGAAUAUGCUCCAGGCUACUGGCAGUAUCAUGCAGGCUGAUUACCAGUCCGACAUCAACCUGAUGAUGGACCCUGAAGCAUCCAAGAUCGCCCUGACAGCCGAUUUCCCCGAGAUCAUCGUCGCCGGCAACGUCGCGAACCAGGUAUUCCCUACCCAGGAAUUCGUCGACGAGAUCAAGAAAGCCGGAAACCCCUACAGUGAGCUGUUCGCCAAGUACUAUGACAUCUCCUUCCCCUUUUGGGAUGAAACUGCUGCGGCUCUGAUGGUUGAUCCCUCCCUCGCCAUCAACAAGACUACAGUAUACAUCGACGUCGACAUCUCCUACGGCAGCCCCAACUACGGUAACGUUCACGUCUACCAGAAGGCCCUUGCGCCCGCUGGUAUUCGCAAUGUGACGUAUGUCUUUGAGGUUGAUGCGGAUAAGCUGAAACAGCGGAUUAAGCAUUCUCUUAUGCACCCCAAGUCUUGCGCCGACCUGUAG